AUGGCGGCGGUGUUGCUGGGAACAGAGACGGACGGCUCAAUUUUGUCUCUCUCCAGUUCUAACUCUGUGGUGGAAAUCAAACCCACCCUUGGCUUGCCAGGUGGAGGUGGGGUUGUCCCCGUCGCUCCCAAACAAGACAGUAUAGGGCCAAUGUGCAGGAUUGUUGCAGACGCGGGAUGCCUCGAUGUCAUUGUAGGAUUCGAUCCUUAUGAUGCUAAAGCCACCACAGAAGCAUCGAAGUACAUUCCCAGAGGAGGCUACAAGCGAUUUCUCAAAGCCGACGGGCUCAAAGGCAAGAGACUUGGAAUUGUUAACCUUUACUUCGACUUCUACUCAGGAACUCCGGUCGGCAAAGCAUUUGAAAGCCAUUUUAACACCCUGAGGAAACAAGGUGCAGUAUUGGUGGACCAUUUGGAUAUAGCCAACAUCAAUGAAAUCUACCCUAAUGCGAGUGGUGAAGAAGUAGCUAGUGCGGCCGAGUUCAAGCUAGCCCUGAAUACUUACCUUUGAGAUUUGGUCGUCUCGCCAGUCCGAUCCCUCGCGGAUGUAAUUGCCUUCAAUAACAAGCACAAGCACGUGGAAAAGAUCGACCAGUACGGCCAGAACUUGUUCCUCACAGCGCAAGACAUGGACAGAUUAAGCCGAGACGGGUUUGAGAAGCUUAUGAGGCAGAACAAGUUGGAUGCAUUUGUGACUCCUCUUGCGAUCGGAGGCUUCCCAGGAAUAAGCGUGCCUGCUGGGUACGACGAGAAAGGAGUGCCCUUCGGGAUUUGCUUCGGAGGCUUGAGAGGCUUUGAGCCUGCCCUCAUUGAAAUCGCUUACGGGUUCGAACAAGCCACCAAGAUCAGGAGGCCUCCUUCGUUCAUGCAGCGACCGCGAAGAUUUUUCAGUUAAUAUACCUGUAUCUCGGUCCGGAGUAUUGCGUGAGUGGUGCUUCUC